AUGCACCGGCUGGGCCCGGCCGCGCUCGGGGCUCUGCUGAGGGCGGCGCGGGGCGGCCCCCGGGGCUCGGCCCCCUUCUCCUCCUCCUCCUCCUCCUCCGCCUCCUCCUCCUCCUCCUCCUCCUCGGUCCCCCCGCAGCCCGCGAUCGCCGCCAAGGAGCCCUUCCCGGUGGAGCUGAAGGCAGGAAAGACGUACGGGUGGUGCUCGUGCGGGCACAGCAAGCGCCAGCCCUUCUGCGACGGCUCCCACAAGAAGGCGGCCCCGGGGAUGUCCUCGCUGCGCUUCACCCCCCAGGAGGACGGGCCCGCCUGGCUCUGCGGGUGCAAACGCACCCAAAACCCCCCGUACUGUGACGGCACCCACAACGGGGAGGCUGUUCAGGGGGCCCCCCUGCCCCCCCGGGCCUGACGUGGAUCCCACGGGAGCUCGGGAGCACCAGG